UUAGAAGAGGAGAAAGAAAAAUAAGAUUUGUAGGGUUUGGAGGAAGGAGAAGGAGAAGACGAAGACGAAGCUCUGAGGUUUAUCCAUGGAGCCAAAUAAUGGAUUAACCUCAAUCAAUCACAAGGCAGGAUCAAUCUCCAGCCUCGAAAUGGCUAUUUCGUCGGUGUUUUCUCGGUGGGACGGCCUUCAAAUGGCCAUUGAUAACAAAUGGGGCGGUGGCGAUUCUCACCAGAAAUCGCUGAAUCUCGCCUCAGAUGUCUUCUCUUGGUUCUCUCAAUCCAAACGUUGUUACAUUAAAAUUACCUUCCGGAGUUUCUCGAUCUUCUUCCAUGGAUCUAAUUCCGCUAUGCUUCCUUCCAUUGCAGCUCCCCUGUACGUGGAAGAUCUGGAAAAUUUGCGCCAUGAACACCUGCUGCUCUCCUUCAACACCGAGUUCGAAGAUGGUAGCAUCGAACAGGUAAAUUCCCCUAACGAAUUAUUGGACUACGACAUCGAAAAUACACUGAGAUUAAAAGAGGAUGAAAAUUGGAACAGGUAG